AAAAAAUCACUCACGCAACUUACAACUCCACUGAAGCGUGCUGCUGGUGAAGAACGAACGCAGCCAGAGAAGAAGAAACCGGAUACAACUUUCCUGUUGCCGAGUUUGCCUCCAGUGAGAAUCAGCCGUAUGUCUGGUUUGACAGCCGAGCAACAUGAACGUAUCACUGCAGCUAACGCUAAGAAAAUGUCACUUAAGCGUAAUAAAAUACGAUCGGGUACUGUAGAUCAGUACAUCAAGAUGGAAGGGCGAAGCCUUGUGUUUGCAGCGAAGGCUGUCAAACUCACUAUGGCCGAAGCAUUACCACCAAAAGCAAAACGGCCAGGAGCUCCAGUGGAUCCAAAUGCACCGCCCAGGAAGAGAGGACGUCCAAAAGGGCGAGGUGUUGUCCGAAAUGGCAUGAAAACGGAUGUGACGUCAAGAAGCGUCGGCACCCAGUCAUGCAUGGAUUUGUCUGAGCGUACUCCUGCACGACCGUUCCACAAUGCACACACAGUCAUCACUGGACGUCAGCAAACCCACAAAGGAGUUAAAAACCGGAACCACACCGCUCAAGAAAACUGA